GAUUGAUUUCAGGGUUUGCAUAGAAUGUUUUUUGGGAAAAUUUCUUCAAUGGCAGCUUCUGUAGCUGAAAACAAGGAAGGAUUGAAGUUCCUUGUGACUGCUGGACCCCAUGCCCGGAAAAUGGUUGGCAUAUGGCUUUUUGCAUCUGCUGCUUGGGUCUUCAGUAUGGUUGUGCUUGAUGGUGUCACACGGCUGACACGUUCUGCUCUAUCCAUGACAGAUUGGAAAUUCACUGGGCGCCUUCCUCCUCUAAUCGACGAAGAUUGGUUGGCUGAAUUCGAGAAGUACAAGCAAUCCCCCGAAUACAAACAUGUGAACAAGGGGAUGAAUAUUGAGGAUUUCAAGUUCAUAUAUUGGAUGGAAUAUGCGCACCGAAUGUGGGGAAGGUCCCUUGGUGUAAUGUUUGCACUUCCGUUCUCAUAUUUUCUCCGUAAGGGAUACAUAACAGUAAGACUUGGACUUUCUGGACUCUUUGCUCUUGGUGCUGGACAGGGGCUUAUCGGUUGGUGGAUGGUGAAAAGUGGUUUAGAGGAGCCACCAUCUGAGUAUGUUGAACCAAGAGUAAGCCCUUACUGUCUUGCAGCUCAUCUUACCUCUGCAUUUGCUAUUUAUUGUGGACUCUUCUGGACGGCUCUUUCUGUCGUUAUGCCUGAAUCACUUGCCUGUGUUCGUGGGGCUGCAAAAGUAUUACUGCUAUCAGGAGCUUUCGUUGCUGGAAAUGAUGCUGGCCGAGCAUUUAACACUUUUCCGAAGAUGGGGAAUACAUGGAUUCCUGAUGAUAUCUUUAGUAUGAAACCUAUUAUGCGCAACUUCUUCGAGAAUACGGCAACAGUUCAGCUUGAUCAUCGUAUACUUGCCACUGCUACUUUAGCUGCAAUAGGUGGGUUAUGGUGGUCAACCAGGAAGCUGGAUAUGCAUCCUGCUGUACGACACUUAAUAGGAAGCACCAUGGGCAUGGCUGCUCUACAGGUAACAUUGGGCAUAUCUACUCUUCUUUCCUAUGUCCCAGUUUCUCUAGGAACUGCUCAUCAGGCAGGAGCUUUGACUCUUUUAACAUUCAUGAUCCUGCUCAAUCACACUGUGCGUCGACCUUCUCCGUCACUUCUCAAGACGUUACCCUCUGUCGUGAAAAUUUUCUAAUAUUGAUACCAUAAUUUCUUAUAGAACAUAUUGACAUUGUUAGGCAUUUUAAAUUAUACCAUUUGCGAUCCUUGCGCAACUUGCAG